AUAGCGUCAUAUGAUGAGCUUCUCGACCAAUCAGAAUGUCAAAUUUCUAUAUUCACCUCUGGAAAUUAUACUAAUGCAUUAUAUUGAAAAGUGGGAAGACUCAUCUCAAUAUUUUUGUUUCGCAGAUGGUCUUACGGUAUAGUAAUGUGGGAGGUGUUUACUAUUGGUGAAUCACCAUAUCCUGGUGUACCUUCUCGACAAGUGGCUGGCUUAUUGCAGACUGGAUACCGCAUGUCUAGACCAAGACACAUCUCUGCUGAACUGUACUCCAUCAUGACCGAGUGUUGGGAAGAGCAACCUCAAAAGCGACCAACGUUCCAGUGGCUUUGCUCUGCAGUCAGAAGACUUCUGGAUGACCACAAGACAUAUGUGAAUUUGGAAGUUUAUGAUGACAAGGACUAUGUUAAUUUUGACGUGGUGACCUAGAACGAUUGACGAAGGAUCAUGAACGAUAUUCACAGGACACUUUCAUACCUUUUUGACAGAAAUAUAGUGUUGCCCAGUUUCAUUUGAUUCCAAACUGAGUUAAAUAGCACCUGUCAAAUCGAUUGGUUAAUUCGUAGGUAACUUGUAUAGCUUUUUCACUAGUUUUUUUGCUUUUUAUUUCCUAUCCGAUCUAGCAUGGUAACCCUCUGCUAAUUCCUGGGCACAAGGCUCGAUAUUGUGCGUAAACGGCACCCUGUCCUAGUGUGGAUAAUGCUAUCCAACGGGUAAAUCACUAUCCAGUGGAGAAAUGUUGACGACACUAACUUUGCUAUCCCAGCACUACAUAAUGCUUUGUCCAGUGAAGCGCAUUAUCCAAACUUUGACCGACGAGCUGUCUUAAGUGUUGUAAAAGUUAGAAAAUCCCAGAGAAUCAUUGUAUGGCUAAAUUACCUGUUUCUGAUAUAAAAAGGAAUGCUAUACUCAGUACAUAACAAGACGUCGAAGAGAAGACGUCACUCGCACGAGUGUCACCCAAAGUACAUUAGGCAGAUGUAACAUGCUCAUUCAUGCUGGAAAUAUUACUUUUACUAAUCAUUAAAACAUUGUAGGAGGCGGGUAGGAUAAUGUUAUUCAAAAGAUUUAUAUAAAAAAGGUAGAGGUAUUUUCGAUAUUUGAUAGUUAGUAUUUCUAUUUUUCUAACACUUCAAUUUUUGGCUUCGAACGCAAUCUUUAUAUUGGUUAAUUCUAUGAAAAAUGCUACUGAAAAUUUUAGACCUAGUAAAAAAUAGCAACUUUGUUAUA